AUGCUUCCCUGCCUACCUCUUUGGAAAGCCUGCAACCAGCAGGUUGACUUUGUGGACAAGCGCCACUGCAACCUAGCCAGCAUUCCAGAAGAUGUCCUGCGACUCAACCAGACGCUCGAGGAGUUGCUACUGGAUGCCAAUCAAAUAAGCGAACUACCUAGGGGCUUCUUCAGGCUAAUGCAGCUGCGGAAGCUGACACUAAGCGACAACGAGCUGUCCAUCUUGCCGUCUGACAUUGCCAACUUUUCAAAUCUACAAGAGCUGGAUGUCAGUAGAAACGACAUUGAAAACAUUCCUGACAACAUAAAAUACUGCAAGAACCUGCAAAUAGUUGAUCUCAGUAGUAAUCCGCUACAGAGAUUGCCUGAUGGCUUCACGCAUUUAAGAAACCUCACGAACUUGGCUCUCAACGACGUCUCGCUAACCAGACUACCAAAUGAUAUCGGAUGUCUGUCUAACCUGGAGUUUUUAGAACUGCGGGAAAAUUUGAUAAAAUUUUUGCCACCUUCGAUAUCAUCUCUCACUCGACUGAAACUGCUUGAUCUGGGGAGUAAUAUGAUUGAAGAACUGCCCGACUACAUAGAAUCCUUGCAGAGCCUCGAAGAAUUAUGGCUAGAUUGCAACGACCUUACCGAGCUGCCGAAGGAAAUCGGUAACUUGCAUAACCUGACCCAAUUAGACGCGUCCGAAAAUAAGAUUGAGGUCUUGCCCUUUGAACUCGGCUACCUCUCCAACUUAACUGACCUCAUUCUCUCUCAAAACAUGAUACGUGCACUGCCUGACUCAAUCGGAAAUCUCAAGAGACUGACUAUCCUAAAGUUAGACCAAAACCGCUUGCAACACUUGAAUCCAAAUAUCGGAAGCUGCGAAAACUUACAGGAGCUUUUGCUAACGGAGAAUUUAUUAACGGAAUUAUGCUCAACAAUUGGUCAGCUGAAAUCGCUAACAAUUUUCAACGCGGAUAGAAACCAACUCGUUGAUGUUCCAAGAGAAAUAGGCAACUGCAGCAAGAUGGGCGUCCUAUCGUUGCGAGACAACUGCAUCGGUAGUCUGCCUAGCGAAAUCGGAAACAUGAAGAAGUUGCAUGUUCUUGAUGUCUGUGGCAAUCGACUUCAGCACUUGCCUUUCAGCUUGAGUUUGUGCAACUUAAAAGCAGUUUGGUUGUCUGAGAAUCAAGUUCAACCACUUUUGAAGUUUCAACAAGAUGCAGACGAGAAGACUAAGCAGAAAAUUCUUACAUGUUUCUUGCUACCACAGCAA